CGCCGACUUGAGUGACGACGCUCGUUGGCAUUUUCACUCACUCUUUGCCCUUCAACGAUUUCGCAGUGUUAUUUUUUCUGCUGCCACAAAAAUUUACGUUUUUCGAUUCGUGUGUUGUACUUGUGCAAUACUAAAACAUGGCAGACAACGAUGACCUUUUAGACUACGAGGAGGAGGAAAAUGCUGAACAAACCACGGUGACCGAGGCAGCUGAUGGGGUCGUGGCGAAUAAAAAAGAGGUCAAGGGUACUUAUGUCUCCAUCCAUUCUUCCGGAUUCAGGGAUUUUCUUCUCAAACCUGAAAUCCUAAGGGCUAUAAUAGAUUGUGGUUUUGAACAUCCGUCAGAAGUCCAGCACGAGUGUAUUCCACAAGCCGUGUUGGGAAUCGAUAUUCUUUGCCAGGCAAAAUCCGGUAUGGGAAAAACUGCAGUGUUUGUCUUGGCUACUCUUCAACAGUUGGAACCCGUCGAUGGACAAGUUUCUGUUCUCGUCAUGUGUCACACAAGAGAGUUGGCGUUUCAAAUAUCCAAAGAGUACGAGCGUUUCUCCAAAUACAUGCCCAACACAAAGGUUGGUGUAUUUUUCGGAGGACUCCCAAUGGCUACAAAUGAAGCUACAUUGAAGAACAAUUGUCCCCACAUUGUGGUUGGAACCCCUGGAAGAAUUCUGGCGUUGAUUAAGGCGAAAAAGUUAUCUUUGAAGAAUGUGAAACAGUUUAUUCUUGAUGAGUGCGAUAAGAUGUUGGAGGCACUUGAUAUGCGUCGCGACGUUCAGGAAAUCUUCCGAAACACGCCUCACGAGAAGCAAGUUAUGAUGUUCUCCGCUACUCUCAGCAAAGAGAUUCGACCCGUGUGCAAGAAGUUUAUGCAAGACCCCAUGGAAGUUUAUGUCGAUGAUGAAGCCAAGUUGACCCUUCAUGGACUCCAACAACAUUACGUGAAGCUUAAGGAAAAUGAGAAGAACAAAAAGUUGUUUGAUCUUUUGGAUGCAUUGGAAUUCAACCAGGUUGUAAUUUUCGUCAAGUCGGUACAAAGAUGCAUGGCUCUUGCCCAACUCUUGGUGGAGCAGAAUUUUCCAGCCAUUGCAAUUCAUCGUGGAAUGACACAAGAGGACCGUCUUUCAAGAUACCAGCAGUUCAAGGAUUUCCAAAAGAGGAUACUUGUUGCAACCAACUUGUUUGGACGAGGAAUGGAUAUCGAGCGAGUUAACAUCGUCUUCAACUACGACAUGCCAGAAGAUACGGAUACGUAUUUGCAUCGUGUUGCUCGAGCUGGACGAUUUGGCACCAAGGGAUUGGCAAUCACUUUUGCCAGUGAUGAAAAUGAUACAAAGAUUCUUAAUGAGGUUCAAAACCGGUUCGACGUUAACAUCACGGAAUUACCAGAUGAAAUUGAUCUCUCUUCAUACAUUGAGGGCCGUUAAACAUGUUACGACUUGGUUAAACUUUUAUGACAUAAAAGCAUUUUGAAAAGGAAUCAUCAGAUUUAUUCAGCAAAGUUAAAAAUUCAAAAUUAACUAAUUGUAAGUUGUGGGUUCGUUCAAUGUGUAAUUAUAUAACACAAUUUAACAAUGGAUCAAUUCAUUGUUGAUGUUAGUAAUAAAGUGAAAUCAUCUCCAUAUCCAUUAAGUUUAAAGCACGGGCAUUUGUAACGAUGUAUGGAAUGGCAGACGCGCUGACCGAUGAUUGGAGUGACUUUUAUGAACGCGACAUUUUUUUGUCCACAUUCACUAAAUAAUUGUUUUUCGAUAUUUAAUGAAAUGACUAGUUAACGUGACUAUUUUAUGAGAAUCAAAUUUCCUAAAAUAAAAACUCCUUUGGAAAUCUGCAAGUACUUUAGCCCAUAUUUAAACUUUUACUUUACUUAUUUAUACGUAGUUUAUAAAUAUACUUUAUAAAUUUAGCAAAUUUAAAUUGAUUUCAUACUAGUUUCGGAUUAAUUUUCUGUGUAACAAUUUAUACUUUCAGUAAAGAUUCAUAGAAAAUAAAUUUUUUAUCGAUGUGUUACUAAA